GAUUAUUAACUGAGAUGGUCGGUUGCUGUCACGCAAUCAGCUUCCUGUAGCAACUUAACAGCUUCAGGAAUGGGUCUGUCUAUCUGAAGAGGACUCUUCCCAAGUAUUUGUAAUUUCCAAGCUCAUCUGCAUAAAGACUCUGGCUUUACAACUGCAUCUUUUCCAGAAUGGCUGAGAAGGCUCCCCCAGGGAUGAACAAGAAGUCUUCAAGAUCCACCCUUUCUCUGCCUCCAGAACCAGUAGAGAUCAUUAGGAGCAAGGCCUGCUCACGGAGAGUUAAAAUAAAUGUAGGUGGACUUAACCACGAAGUGCUCUGGAGGACUUUGGAUAGACUUCCAAGGACACGCUUAGGAAAGCUAAGAGACUGCAAUACUCAUGAAUCUCUGCUGGAAGUAUGUGAUGACUAUAACCUAAAUGAAAAUGAAUAUUUUUUUGAUCGACAUCCGGGGGCUUUCACUUCCAUUUUGAAUUUCUACAGGACAGGGAAAUUACACAUGAUGGAAGAAAUGUGUGCUCUUUCUUUUGGCCAAGAGCUUGAUUACUGGGGGAUUGAUGAGAUAUAUCUAGAAUCUUGCUGCCAGGCGAGAUACCAUCAAAAGAAAGAGCAGAUGAAUGAGGAGCUGAGAAGAGAGGCAGAGACCAUGCGGGAGAGAGAAGGGGAAGAGUUUGACAAUACCUGCUGCCCAGAGAAAAGGAAGAAGCUCUGGGACCUGCUGGAGAAGCCCAACUCAUCUGUGGCGGCAAAGAUUUUGGCCAUCGUAUCCAUUCUGUUCAUCGUACUGUCCACUAUCGCUUUGUCUCUUAACACACUGCCAGAGCUGCAAGAAAUAGAUGAAUUUGGGCAGCCAAAUGACAACCCUCAGCUAGCACACGUUGAAGCUGUGUGCAUUGCUUGGUUUACCAUGGAGUACCUUUUGCGGUUUCUAUCCUCACCAAAUAAGUGGAAGUUCUUCAAAGGCCCAUUAAAUGUUAUUGAUUUACUGGCGAUUUUGCCRUACUACGUCACUAUUUUCCUCACAGAGUCCAAUAAAAGUGUACUGCAGUUCCAAAAUGUCAGGCGUGUGGUUCAGAUAUUUCGCAUUAUGAGGAUACUGAGGAUUCUUAAACUCGCCAGACAUUCAACGGGCCUUCAGUCUUUAGGCUUUACUCUCAGACGGAGCUACAAUGAAUUGGGCUUGUUGAUAUUAUUUUUAGCCAUGGGAAUAAUGAUAUUUUCGAGUCUUGUAUUCUUUGCUGAAAAGGAUGAGGAUGCUACAAAAUUUACCAGUAUCCCUGCGUCGUUUUGGUGGGCAACGAUCACUAUGACUACAGUAGGAUAUGGUGACAUUUAUCCUAAGACGCUAUUAGGUAAAAUAGUUGGAGGACUAUGCUGUAUUGCUGGAGUGCUGGUCAUAGCUCUGCCCAUACCCAUUAUUGUGAAUAAUUUCUCAGAGUUUUACAAGGAGCAGAAACGACAGGAGAAAGCAAUUAAAAGGAGAGAAGCGCUAGAGCGAGCUAAAAGAAAUGGCAGUAUUGUCUCCAUGAACCUGAAAGAUGCCUUUGCUCGCAGCAUGGAAAUGAUUGAUGUAGCAGUAGAUUCAGGUAAGCCUGAAGAAGCAGACAAUCCAAAGGAGACACCUGAUGACAGCCACCUGUCCCCAAGCCGGUGGAAAUGGGCCAGGAGGACAAUGUCUGAAACAAGCUCGAACAAGUCUUAUGAGAACAAAUACCAAGAAGUUAGUCAGCAAGACUCUCACGAGCAGCUGAACAACGCCGCAGCAUCCUCCAGCCCGCAACACCUGAGCGCCCAAAAGCUGGAGAUGUUAUAUAAUGAAAUUACUAAAACUCAGUCGCAGCCUAAUCUGAAUGCUGGUUACCAAGACCAGUCAGCAAAACCACCUGGGUAUGAAGAGGAAAUAGAAAUGGAAGAAGUUGCAGGUCAGAGAGACCAACUGCCAGCUGGACCUACCGACAUAGUGACAGACAUGAGAAGCACAUCUAGUAUUGAUAGUUUUGCCAGCUGUGCCACUGACUUCACAGAAACAGAGAGGUCUCCACUUUCUCUGUUCCCUGGCUCUCAUCACUUGCAAAUGAGGUCUCCAUCGGAUUCCGUUAACCUAGAAGACAACCAAAGAGUAAAAAGUUCUCAGUUUAUACCAUUCCCAAAAGAUAGGAUGCUUUCUCCAACUGAUAUCACCUUUGACUAUAAUCCAAUUGGCAGAGCUGUAAUCAGCGAUGGCAGCGGAUCCCAAAGUGUUUUGCACGGCCACUUGCAUUUCGACACUGCCACGGAGAGCCCCAAAAGUUCUCUGAAAGGCAGCAACCCAUUAAAAUCCAGGUCCCUCAAAGUGAAUUUUAAAGACAACAGAGGUGGUGCUCCGCAAACCCCACCGAGCACCGCGCGGCCGCUGCCGGUGACGGCAGGAGCAGACUUCACCCAGGCCACCCCGCAGCACAUCAGCACCAUUCUGCUAGAAGAAAAUUCCCCCCAAGGCGAACGGCCUUUGCUUGGUGCCGACGCAGCCGUGCUCUACCAGGGACCUUCCAAGAAAUCAUCCCCGCUGCUUCCCAAACAAAAGGUUUUCACUUUCCCUUCGAAAGAGAGAAGGAGCUUCACCGAAAUGGACACUGGGGAAGAAGAAGAGUUUAUGGAGUUACGUGGUAUAAGGCRUGAAAAGCAGCAGGAUAUCAAGACAAAUUGCUGUGGAGAUCAACACASCGAUGGCAGCCAUUUAACAGGGGAGCCCCAGGUCAGCUCCUCCUCUCCCAAAAGCAUGAGCCACAACUGUACUCAAGACAUUUACCAUGCUGUGGGCGAGGGAAAGAAAGACAGUAACCAAGAAGGUUGCAAAAUGGAAAACCAUUUGUUUGCCCCAGAAAUUCAUUCAAAUCCAGGAGAAACUGGUUACUGUCYGACACGUGAAACUAGCAUGUGACUAGUUCAAAAAGCAAUAAAAAUACUUUUUUUUAAGCCACAGUUAGCAAUGCCUAUGAACUAAAAUGUGGGAAGCCUCAAAAAAAAAAGUGCAUAAAAUAUUAUUUUUGCAUGGCAUGAAGAGUUUUAGUUUAAAUACUGUUUAAUUUAAAGAGACUGCUUUUUGUAACAAAUUUUCAAAAAAAAAAGAAAAAAAUGAUUCAAGAACAGUGAAUAAAAUAAAGAGAGCUCUAUUAGGAGCCUGUGUUCUGCAACAUCUGACAUUUUUGAUCCUUUCACUUAUGRUUGUAGACAGAUUUUGAACUCUUUUAACUUUUUCUUUUGUUUUCCUGGUUACAAUUUUAGAAUUUGCACAUGAAAGGAUGAAAUGUCAAUGCAUGCAUUCAUAACAACGUGAAACAAGGUGCUUUGWGCUUGCAAAAUGCAUAUAUUUGUAAAUAGUUUGGGGUUGGGGGGAAAGCUACYGCUAACAAGGAUUUAUGGAAAAAAMGUUUCCUGGGACACAGGUAAUUCCUUCACAGCGCGCUGCCUGGAGGUUUUGUACAGACUUAUGUUGCAAAAUUGCAACUUCUACUUAAAGCAUCUCACAUAUCUUGCUUUCUGUUAAAAAGCUCAUGGGUAUAUCUGUUAAUUAAGGGACUACAGUACUUAAAUUUAUCUGUGCUGUAAAUCAUAGUAGGAUUUUUU